AUGACUCCCCGUUACAUGAGCCUGGCGACAGCCUGGCUUUUGGCAGCGGCAAUCGGUAGCAAUGACUUUUUUGUCGCCGCCUUUUCCACCUCGCAGUUGUCUCGACGGGUGGCGCCUACUGCAGCGAGAUCUUCCUUUGUGGGAACUGGACGUCAGAAUCUUCUGGGACGUCCUUCUCUCAACAAUGCCGCCAAGAACAAGAGGAAAACUACUUCAUCCCACCUGUCCAUGGUAAUCGACACCUUAUCGGAUGAUUGCAUUGCUGCCGUCAAGGAGUCCCACGACAUUGGCAAUGAAAUUGGAAUGACAAUCCUCACCGAAGAAAUCUUAUUGGCGGGUAUUGUCCGUCAUCCCGAACGAGCUCGCAAAACACUCAACAAGUACAAUAUCGAUUCCGAUGAUGUCAAGACGGCCGCCAUCGAAGUCCUACGCUAUGCACCGGGUGACUCCCUGGGGACUCCCCCACCCCCCGAAGAACGCAAACCACUGCCCUUUUCUCCCGAAUCCAAACUAUUGUUGAAUCGAGCAUUUGCCAUUGCCGAAUCCAUGGAAUCCAAAGUCACACGCAGUGAACACGUCUUGUUGGCAUUAAUGGGAUACAACAAUGGACGCAAAAUCGAUGCCUCGCCCAUUAUCAAUGUCUUGCAAAAGAUCAAAUCCAUUAGUCGUACCGAUGCCGGAUUCAAAGUAUUCGACUUUUGUGACGAUCUCGUCAAUGAUCUGCCCAUGACACCCGUCGAAGGUGGAACCACCGUCAAACGAGAAGCCGUCGUCAUUGGAGGUGGAGAUGGAAAUACCAAUACAUUGGCUGAAGUGGGAGUCGACAUGACACAAUUGGCCAUGGAGGGAAAGUACGAUGCCGUCUUUGGACGAAAUGACGAAAUUCGAUCCGUUUUGCGGACUUUGGGUCGACGACGCAAGAAUAAUCCCUGUUUGAUUGGAGAUCCUGGUGUGGGGAAAACAGCCGUCGCCGAAGCAUUGGCCCAAGUCUUAGCGGCUCCAUUGAUAGAAAUGGAAGAAGCAAAGAACAUAAAGAACAUGCUCCCCACGCUACCACAAAUCUCACUCAACCCAUUUGCUCGAAAGGAACAGGAAGAGGCAGGGCAGGAACCAGAGUCGAUCGAAGAAGCCAUGGGGUAUGAAUUGCCACCGUGUCCAGCUUGUUUGGUCGGUGCUCGCUUGAUCAAUGUCGAACUCAGCAGUUUGGUGGCGGGAACGUCCAAUCGUGGAGAUUUUGAGAAAAAGGUCAAGAAACUCAUUGAAGAAGCUAGCAACAACAACGUCAUCUUGUUCAUUGACGAAAUCCACAAUCUGGUUGGCACCGGAGGUGGCGGUGAUGGGGCCAUGAAUGCGGCCAAUCUCAUGAAGCCCGCUUUGGCACGAGGCGACUUGCGCGUUCUCGGUGCCACGACAACACCCGAAUAUCGUCGCUACAUUGAAAAGGAUGGUGCAUUGGAACGCCGAUUCCAACCGCUCGAGAUUCAAGAACCCACCGAAGAAGAAACCUUGGACAUUUUGGCAGCUAUCUUUCCCAAGUACGAGGAGUAUCAUGGAGUGGAAUACACCAGCAAGGCAUUGAUGGCAGCCACCAAACUCAGCAGUCGAUACAUUACGGAUCGUUUCCUACCCGACAAGGCGAUUGACCUUUUGGAUGAAGCAGGCUCCUCGGUGAAAAUGGUCGAAGAGGGGGAGAACUUUUAUGUCACAGAAGAUUCCAUCACAGAGGUCGUAUCGGAACUGACGGGCAUCCCCAUGGGCAAACUCGAUACUGGUGAAAAGUCUCGUCUGCAAACCUUGGAAGCAGAGUUGGAGAAACGGAUCAAGGGACAAUAUCCGGCCGUCCGGUCAGUGUCCAAAUCCAUUCGUCGUGCUCGCAGUGGCAUGCGAGACAUGAAACGACCCGUUGCCAGUUUCAUGUUUUGUGGGCCUACCGGUGUUGGAAAAACGGAAUUGUGCAAGGCGUUGGCAGAGACGUAUUUUGGGCAGGAGAAGGAUAUGAUCAGAAUCGAUAUGAGCGAGUACAUGGAUCGAUUCUCCACGAGUCGUUUGAUUGGUGCUCCUCCUGGUUAUGUUGGAUAUGAAGAGGGCGGUCAACUUACCGAGGCGGUGAGGAGAUCGCCACACAGCGUCAUAUUGUUUGACGAACUUGAGAAGGCACAUGAGGAUGUUUUGAAUCUUCUCCUCCAGAUCAUGGACGAAGGAACAUUGACGGACGGCAAAGGCCGCAAGGUCAACUUUAAGAACAACAUCCUCGUGAUGACGUCUAACAUUGGAAGCAAGGAAAUUAUGGAAGCUGCCAAGGGAGCCGACAAUGCUGCCGAGGAAAUCAAUCUAACAUCAGACAUCGUGCAAGGGGCGCUGGAAGAAGCUAUGAGACCUGAGUUGCUGAAUCGUAUCGAUGAGAUCGUGGUCUUCAACCCAUUGACGUACGAGAACAUGAAGGCGAUUGCUGCGAAUCUUGUGAAAGAUGCCGUGAAGCGCGCUGAUGUUGAAGUUAGUGUAAGGCUUCAAGUCAGUGGAGACAUUCCAGAAAUUGUUACUAGGGAAGCUCUCAAGAGCUCAUCUGUGUACGGAGCACGCCCGGUACGAAGGGCAGUACAGCGAUACGUUGAGGACACCAUGGCUGAGGCACUGGUCAGUGGUUUUGUGCAAGAGGGCGACAACGUUUCCCUUGGCCUUGAGAAAGGAGAUGGAGAAGAGCACAACGUGAAAAUCACCAAUCUAUCUUCGAACGGUGGUGGAAAAUCCAUUGUCGUUUCGGUAGAUCAGGACGCUGGAAUCAGCGCUGAUCAGUCGUUGGCUGAACAAGCCGCCUUUGGAGAUCUGCCGCCGCUAGAUGAUGAACCUCCCAAGAAAGAACCGGACGCAUUUCAAUAG